AUGUCUUUCCUCACCCGCAUUGCCCCCGCUGCUCGCACAUCUACGCUGUCUCUCCGACCUGCGACUACUCCCGUAUUCUCCGUGGGUGCCACCCGCUCGAUCUCCGCCACUGCCCGUCGUGACAAGGGACCCAUCGAUGCCACCAAGGACACCCUGAAGAAGGCCGACCGCAAGGUUUCGGAUGCCGCUGUGAAGGGCAUUGAAGUAGGAGAAAACGCCGCUGAAAAGGUUAAGAGCACCGUUGGCAGCACCACCGCUGAGGCCAAGGCCAAGACCGACGAACUGUCUGGUGAGGCAUCUCAAGUGGCUGGCCAGGGUAAGGGCAAGGCCGAGGAGGCACUCGGUACUGCCAAGGGCAAGGCAAAGGAGGCCGCUGGAGAGGUCAAGGGUAAGGCCAAGGAAACUGCUGGACGGUUUUAA